GACUUUCUACAAGUUAGUGCUACAAGAACUUCAAGUUCAAGAAGUGUGCAAAUUCAGCCUGAGAUCCUGCUAUGAAGAGGUCGCCGUGCCAGAGUUGACAGACAGUCAUGCCCCAGUAGCAGACGGAAUGUAGUAUUCGAUGAGGGAAAUGUCAUCACUAUGACAACAGCAGUCAGAAGAGACCUUGCUGGAACAUCCUGGAAGACCUGAAGCUGAAAGUCUGCAUUUUCCUGAUUAAGGUACUGUGAAACAUGGAACCCACUGAGAUGUCCACUCCCGAGGGGGCGCCAAAGGACUGUCCCAUCUGCGGCCACCCGUACAACAAGGGGAAGAAACGGCGCCUGAUCGACGCGUGCGGACACGAACGCUGUUUCACCUGUAUGUUCCAGGUGGAGGAGUGUCCCAUCUGCAAUAAACCUGUCCCAAAUGGGCACACUCUACCUGUGACAGACUCUGUGGAAUCUGCUGCAAAGGAACAAAUAAAGGAGAAGCAGACAGACACUGUAGCAGUCGUCCAUCCACAUAGUAUUACAAAUGGGAAGUCAAGUCAGUUGAUGGGUGUGCCAACAGAAAGAGAACGGCACCGCCGCAAAUCCAUGGAAGACGACUCAUCCUCCGACAAGCAGACCCCGCCAAAGGUACCGCCACGUCCAUCUCUCAACACCCUCCCCAAGGCAGGGGGAGCAGAGCAUCAUGGGAGUCCUGCUGCAAAGCAUGCUGGGAACCAUGCCCAGGAGUACCGCAACAUUAUCAGAACUGCAGAGGGCGUUGACCUCAUAAAGCAGUACAGUAACUCUUCCCAGGAGGAAAAGGACUCUCAGAGAGGUAUCGAAAAGGGUGCGACAAAGUUCUUACUGAGUAAACCCACAAAACAGUACGCCAGCGAACCUACCAGAUACUUUGUGAAGGUUCCCUUUCAGGAGAAGUCUGUUGACGAUGACAAAAGAGAAGUGUUGAAGGAAAGGAAGGACGAGAGUGGUGCUAAGAGCGAAGGAAUGGUACAUGCUGCAAAGAAGGAGUUUGAAAAUGCUGCAAAGGAUGAUGGGAACAAUGUUAGCAAGAAUAAUGGGAUAGAAUUCCAGAUGCCGAGAGUGGAGGAAGAGAGAAUACAGGAGAGAAUUCUGGUACCGCGAGUAGAAACGAUAACGUUGCCUCAGCGACAGGAAUGCACGUCCCCAAACUACCCGGCACUUAGCACGUUUAAAACAAAGCCUCAGCCUCCCCCGCGGGAAGGCAGCAUUCAGAGACAAGACGCCAUCUCGGAACCUAGUAGGGUUUCACCUUUACCCAAUCAGACAUCAGUGCCAAAUCAGGUGACUUCUGGUCACCUGACCAUGAGCCAAAUGGUAUCCUUUAGUCAUGUUUCAGAGCCAGUAACCAUAGUGACUUCUCAUCCAGUAAUAAGUGAGGCCAAACUUUGCCAUGUGACCCCCACUAUAGUUUCCACCAAUCAUGUCACACCACCCGAUAUGUCAGCCAAUCACGUGACGGUACAGCCUGUUACUCCCACCACCACUAAAGUCUGUACUGCUAUAGUUGUGCCAAUCACAGAACAGCACAGAACUUCAACUCUAGAACGUAGGAAGAAUGCCCAGAACUCUGUGUCUCCAAGAACGCUGUUCUUUGAGAGAAGUCUUGAAGACAGCAGUAAACCUGUCCCUAAGCCAAGAACUAGCACCCUUCAGAGGCAAGAAAACGUUCAAGAUCCGAUUCCCGAUCGGUUGGAACUUUCCCCUUCGACCCCUGAACCUGAGCGGUCGCCGAGGAGACCAGAAGUUGCCACGCCUCCGGAUAGGUCACCAAUGAGAACUCUUCCCACGGAGACAAAGGAGUUACCUAAAAUUCCUGAGAAGUCUGUGUUGUGCAAUGGAGAUGUCAAUCAUCAUGACAGUCUGGAAUCAAGAGAGGAAGAUGAUGAUAUAGGACCUCCGCCACCCCCGGAUAUUGCGGAAACCGCCCUGCGUACGAGACUCGGCUUCCUGCUAGGAGAACGAGUGCCGCGGCAGCGAGAAAUGUCGGUGUCCUCCAACUUUGCGAGUAUCACAUCCCUCGCGAGCAUAGACGCUGGCAACGACACAAGCAGUCCAACCUCUACACUUACAGGCACCAAGCCACCCCUCAAAGUCUCCCGCGCUACAAACUGUGACAUCCAUUCCCUCCCCAGCAGCCCCCUCCUCCCCCCGCGCCGCCCCUUCCUCCAGUACCAGUAUCAGUUCCACUACAUCUCCCCGUACGUGCCGUGUACGCCGUACCUCCAGCGCAGGGCGCGUAUUGUCUCCACACGUGGCCAGCCCUCCCCCUCUCCCUCCCCCUCCCCCCACCAUUUCCCCCAGCCCCUGCUGCACUACUACCCUGUACACCACUUCCCUCUUCUGUAUGAGAAGUACAAGAUGCUGUUUUCCCCAGCCACCACCCCAUUGGAAGACAUUCCAGCCCUACAGAGGCAGGCUCCCUACAGGCACUCACUCCGCAGCCCCCCCACCCCCAGGAGUAAGGCUAAGGUCAACCACGACCUGAAAGUGCGUUUUGCCCCCUACAAGCCACCAGAAGUGUCCAUGAAGCCGCUGCCCUUCGAAGUGCCAAACCUCCAGGACGACACGCUCUACAUCGGCCGUGACUGGCUGUACAGGGAGAUGGAGGAGCACCUCUCCUCGGAGGAGUCGCCAAAAAACAAGGGCGUGGUGAUCUCUGGGAGUAUCGGGUACGGGAAGACUGCCGCCAUCUACAAGCUGGUGUCCCACAGUUGCCAUGGAGACAGGAUGAAGAUGAGGCUGUGCAAUGGAAAUGUUGCAAAUGGACAUGGACUGUCAAAUGGACUUGUAGACUCCAAACCUGCAGUGGACGAUUCCCUGAUGUACCUGGCCAAUCACGUAGUGGCAUAUCACUACUGCCAGGCAGACUUUGACAUCACAUGUAUGGUGCCAGAGUUUGUCCAUAACCUGUCUGCCCAGCUGUCCCAGUGUCCGCAGCUGCUCACCUACAAGGACCUGCUCAUCAAUGAACCCCAUCUACAGAGUUCUCUCAGUCUCAGGGAGUGCACCAGGGAUCCAUCCAACGCUUUCAGGAGAGGUAUUCUUGAGCCUUUGACAAGACUCAAACAGGAAGGUCGCAUCGCCAUGGAGAUGUGCAUCCUAUUGGUGGACGGUCUGAACGAGGCGGAGUUCCACAAGCCGGACUACGGGGACACCAUCGCGUCCUUCCUGACGAAACACGUGAUGAAGUUCCCGUCAUGGCUGAAGCUGAUCGUGACUGUACGGACCAGCCUGCAGGUAAGCAAACAAGAUGUUACAAAGCUGCUGCCUUUCCAUCGAAUCUCAUUGGACCGCAUGCUGACCAAUGAGAACAUCCACAACGAUGUCAGCCUCUACAUCACCCAGCGGAUCAACCAAUCGCAGGCCGUGAAAAACAACAUCUCCAUAAAUGGCAAACUGGACCCAGCCAAUCAGGCCAAGUUUACCGCCCACCUGCAGACUCUCAGCAGAGGUUGUUUCCUCUACCUCAAGUUGACCCUUGACCUCUUGGAGAAAGGUCACAUUGUGGUGAAAACAUCCAGCUUCAAGUCUCUCCCCGUGAACUUAUCCGAGGUUUUCCUCUUGCACUGUAACUUGAGAUUCUUAAGCAACAAGGCGUUCGAGAAGGUGCUCCCGGUGUUUAACAUCGCUCUUGCGUCGCUGUACCCGUUACGGGAUGACCAGAUUUUCCAGGCGAUGAACGCGGGUUACGUGACUCAUCUCCUGCUGUGGGAGGAGUUCAUGCAGAGGAUGGAGACUAUUUCUGCCUUCUUGGUGAGGAGGAGAGACGGGCGGAGGAUGUUCUACCACCCUUCCUUCAGAGAAUGGCUGACCAGGAGGGAGGAGGGGGACAGCACCAAGUUUCUCUGUGACCCCAGGAGUGGCCACGCCCUGCUUGCCUUCCUGCUGUCUCGUCAGGAGAAGAAGCUGACAGACGAGCAGUCCAUCGAGCUGGGGCAUCACAUCCUGAAGGCUCACAUCUACAAGAGCCUGGGCAGGAAGCUGGGCUGUUCCUCUCGCUGUCUGCAGGCUCUGUGGAUGGCUCACAGUGCACAGGAUCUGUCAGCCAGUCUAGCAACACCUAGGAACCUGUACAACCCCAACAUCAAGGUUAGCAGAUUGUUGAUACUGGCAGGAGCCAACCCAGACCACCACACAGACUUCAUGGGCAGCGCGCCCCUGCUGUGCAUUGCUGCCAGUGAGGGUUACGCAGACAUGGUGUCGGUCCUACUGGAGCUGAGGGCGUCGGUGGACGCUCAGUCGGAAACGGGAAUGACCGCUCUGAUCUAUGCUGCAAUCGGGGGGCACCUGGAUGUGGUUAGGAUGUUAUACAGAAAACAUGCUCGGUUAAACCACACGGACAGGAAUGGCCGCUGUGCCUUGGUACACGCUGCUCUGAACGGCCACAUGGACGUGCUGAGUUUCCUCCUGCAGUGUGAUUGGCUGUACUCCGCCCCACAUGACCUGACCAAGAGGUCGGCCUGUCAACAGGGCUUCGUGGCUGCAGCAAGUACUGGCAACAAGGAGAUCUGUGACUUCCUCCUGAGCCUGUCAGAGAUGGAACAUCACGAGGAGUGGACAGUCAACAUCAACGAGCCGGACACGCUCUUCAAGGAGACGCCUCUCACCGUCGCAGCGUCCAACGGGAAGCUGGAGAUCUGCCGCGCCCUUCUGGAGAAGGGGACCUCCAUCACGAUGCCAAACGGAAGGGGCCUGUCUCCCAUGUUCUGUGCUGUCCGUGCUGGCCACUGGGAGGUCGUUGACCUGCUGCUGUCCCAUAAGGCUGACCGUGAGGAGAUGGACUCCCACGGGAGGACCCCCCUCAUGGUCGCUGCCUGCGAGGGUCACCUGGGGGUCUGUGAGCUGCUGCUCAGUAAAGGUGCAUCGGUGCUCCAGGCUGACAAGGAAGGUCUGACCGCCCUGAGCUGGGCCUGUCUGAAGGGACAGAGUCACGUGGUCCAGUCUCUACUGGAGAGAGGGUCAGAGAUUGACCACACGGACAAGACUGGCCGCACGCCGCUGGACCUGGCAGCUUUCUACGGAGACGCUAGCGUGGUCCAAGUUCUGGUAGACAAAGGUGCUAUGGUUGAACAUGUGGACUAUAACGGCAUGAGGCCGCUGGACCGAGCCAUUGGCUGUAGGAACACUGGGGUGGUGUCUGUUCUACUGAGGAAGGGGGCCAAGCUGGGGCCGGCUGCCUGGGCCAUGGCCACCUCCAAACCUGACAUCAUGAUCCUUCUACUCAACAAGCUGGUGGAGGAAGGCAACAUACUAUAUAAGAAAGGGAGAAUAAAAGAUGCCUGUCAUCGCUAUCAGUAUGCCCUUAAGAAGUUCCCCAAGGAAGGCUUUGGGGAGGAGAUCAAGACCUUCCGAGAACUCAAGACGCAGCUGUUCCUCAGUGUGUCCAGAUGCAAGAGAAAACUCAAUGAUCUAACUUCAUCAGCAGACUAUGCCAGUAAAGCGCUGGACACUAAACCUCAGUCAGCAGAAGCCUACUACACACGUGCUAGAGCCAAGAGAGAAAACAGACAAUACGGCCCAGCUCUACAGGAUCUCCUGGAGGCCUGCAAGCUGGCUCCCGACAACAAAGAGAUCAGGCGGCUCCUCAUCAGGGUUAAGGAAGAGUGCAAGCAGCAGACCAAGGAAGAUCGGGAGGGCUCGGAGACUCAGGUUCAGGACAGGCCGGAUGUCGUCACCUCCACUAGCAAGGACAGACCCCCCCCUCAGGAAACUAACUUAUGACUAGACGUGCACGUUUAUGUGUAGUCCUUUCAUCUGUGUUGCCAACAUCAGUACAGCAUUGUACAGGGAUGCCUAAGUAGUCAUAUGAAUCUUUAGGGGCUUAUACAAGUUUUUCAAUAUGCAUCUACAUGUAUACAAAUUUUAUUCAAGAAAUGCAAUCCACUACAGUAACUAGAAAACAUACAAAUUGCAGAAUUCAUACUGUCCAUGCUCUACCAAGAAACAAAUUUUACAGAAUUCAUUCACUACCCAGAAACAUACAAAUUUUAGAGAAUACAUAAUAUCGUUACUACUAGUAAGUGUCAUAUGUAUUCAGAAAGACUGGUAUGAUUUCCGUAAAAUUGUGUGUUUGUUAGUCGUGGAUAGUAUGAAUUCUGUAAACUGUGUAUGAAUACUUGAACCCCCAGUUGAAGUAAUUGUUUUAGAUUUGGUGAAGAUAUACGGAAACAAAUCUAUGAGACAGUGUUCAUUUACAGAAUUGGAGAGGGAACAUGUUUUGUCACUUUUACAUUUCUGUCAUUUAUUUUUUUUAUGUUUCAUCAUGUAAAAAAUGGUUUCUAAUGCUUUCCUGAUAUUAUGAUUUGAAGAGUCCUUGAUAAGUUAGUUUUUUACUACCAGAAACAGGAUGUAGAUGUCUUGUCUCUUUUGAAAGGUUCUACUGUCAUUCAGAAUUCUUUAUCUCAGUGCCAAUGUUAAACUUAUGCUACAGGGAUUUCGCUCAAGCUGUUCAAAUAUGGACCUCUAUCUGAAGAAGGGAAUAUAAGUACGACAUGUAGUUAUCUCCUUUCAGGUUUUAGAAAAAAAUCUCCAAAACUAGAAUUUGACUGUCAGCACUCCUGCAAUAGUCACCGUUUGACUAUUAGUUACUGGGAACUUGCCACUGCAAAUAGUUACACAACAAAGUAUGUAUCCAUAGGUCACUUAUUUACAAAGGUGUCUUGUAUAUGCUUUGAUACCGUGAUAUAGCAACAAAGCAAAUGCCAACGUGGCAAAGUUACAUAAGGAAACAUAGCUUGUAACAUAGAGAGAGCAAAUUUUCACUUAAAUUGUUUUCAAAUAGGAACGUAUUUUGACUAAUAAUCAGGCCAAUGAAAUUUUCAUUUUAGUAAUGAUCAGUGCAAAGACUAUACAUUUAUGCGGGAACAGCUUGUCAUGUGUAUAUAACUUGAUGACGCUGCUGAUUCGCUACUGUGUAUACUGUCACAACUAUACAGAAAUGUGCUAUACUGACAGUCACACUGGACACAGUUAAAAUAACCAUUAGGCUUGCCCCCUGUGGUGUCGCCAAAAAUUUGCACAUGUAUUACUUUGAGAUGAGCUCCUCUAAUUAUCUAAAUGACUGAAAUGGCUGAAGCUGAUUUGGAUGGUGCAAAAACAGGGUUUGAUCCAUUUUAGACUGUACAUGUCUACUUCAAAAACGCUAACACUGGCACUUUUAUUCAUAGAGCUGAAUUGAGUACAGGUAUAGCUGUUAUAAUUAUAGGAAUUCUUCCUGUGAACAAUGCUACAUAUAUUUGCCUUCUGUGAAGGUUUACAAAUAAUGACACCUGUAUUCAAGCAGACAACCAUUAAUGUUAAAGGAUAUCCUCAACCACUGUUACACUUUGGGGAGAAAAAUUAUACAAGUUUACUCACAAUGCCAACAGAAAUGAUAUGUCACUAUUAACACUAUCUGUGAAGGAUUGUACAAUUCAGCUCUAAACCAUACUUAGCCAUCUGUAACAAUUAAUUCCCUUCCGUUGUAGCAAGUAUAAAGAAUGUAGAAUCCUGUGUUAUAGUUAUUGCCACUUAAUGUCUUUUUACAGUGUAUUUUGCAUUACCUUGUCGCUUAUCCAUUGAAGAUGUCAUUUUUCUCUAGCCUGGUAUCCAACCUAUUAUAGCAGCCAUGUCUCUUAUUCCACUCACAAAUAGGACUAAGAGACUGGGCCGGUAUAAUAAACUGGAUACCAGGCUAGGUUUUCUGUGCCAUUCCGUGGUCUCAACAAACCCUUCUCCCUCCUUUACAUAUUGCUACAUGUUCAUUACAAUCAUGAAUGCCAAAUGUCUGAUUUUAAAUUACUCAAGAAUUCUUAUACUGAAUGUAACAUGUCUUUUUUUUUCCAGUAGAAUCAUUGUGCCAGCUACAAAACCACAUGCGGUAAUAUAGCACAAUUUCAGUAACAACCACUCACAUGCCUAAUUAAUAACAAGUACGUAUAAGUAGUAAGGACUGUCACUAUAUAGAAAAGAUUAUUGUUGCUUAUAGUAUAUGCAAACAACAUGGUUAUAACACAAAUAGAUAGGUCUCAACUAACUUAUGCACUGUCCUGCUAACUGCAAUGUAUAUUUGUACAUUCUCUCAUGCUGUUAGCCAUUGUAUGAUAUAUAAUAUUAUUUAUUACAGACUGAUAAUAAUGUUCCUCUGAAAGCCAACACUUUCUCUUGAACCCAUGGAACUUGUAAAUUCAUUGUCCGACUUGACAACAGUACUGAAUAAUCAAGGAACGUUACAGCGUGGUUUUCAGACAUACAUUAAGGCGAAUGUUUCUGAAGUAGAGAAAUGUACAGGUCCGGUGUUGUGUAAAGUAAAGUGAUGAUCUUGAUAGGAGCUUUCAUAAUGUAGGCGUUGCAUUAACUGAACAGCAAAUCCAUGUAAUUAUCAUGUGUGGAAAAUGCUUUUACUGCAUUUUGCAUUGCCAAAAUAAAUGUGGACAGUCCAGAAAGUA